AGGUAAUGGGAAACGACCCAGGCGUCAGAGUAAUAUCUUCCCGCAGGCGGAGGAGGGAGGCACUGCUGGGAGACAGCAGAUCGUCCUGUCGAGACAUUUAGCGCUGAGCGCCAGGACUUUGGUGGAUGAAAGGAAUUCUACGUGGGGUACAUCUUUGGUUCCCUCUUUGUCCCGGCUCGCCCGACAGCCAGCCAGCCAGCCAGCAAGGUCCGGGAAAGUAGAACCCAAACCAGAGAUGGCUGGGGCGGGACGGACAGUUGCUAUUAAGAGUUUAGACCAAUCACCACGGGCCCCCACUUCUCCCGGCCAAUAAGAAGUGAGUUCAGGUUCGGAGGCGGUAACUGUGGUCACAUGAGCAGACGUCAGAACCAAUCCGCCGCGGGCCUCGUUCCCGUCAGCCAACUGACAGCUAGAGCGGAUCUGUGGGCGGGAGGCCAGAGCCGCUGUCAGACUCAAGUCAGGCGAACGACGCGCGGCUGGACGGCUGGCGGGAGUGCGGCGCCGGACAGGGCCCUGGAGAUGGUCCCCGGCGCCGCGGGCUGGUGGUGUCUCGUGCUCUGGCUCCCGGCGUGCGUCGCGGCCCACGGCUUCCGCAUCCAUGACUAUUUAUACUUCCAAGUGCUGAGUCCUGGAGACAUUCGCUACAUCUUCACAGCCACACCUGCCAAGGACUUCGGUGGUAUCUUUCAUACAAGGUAUGAGCAGAUUCACCUUGUUCCCACUGAACCUUCAGAGGCCUGUGGAGAACUCAGCAACGGUUUCUUCAUCCAGGACCAGAUCGCUCUGGUGGAGAGAGGGGGCUGCUCCUUCCUCUCCAAGACUCGAGUGGUCCAGGAGUAUGGCGGGCGAGCAGUGAUCAUCUCAGACAAUGCAGUUGACAAUGACAGUUUCUACGUGGAGAUGAUCCAGGACAGUACCCAACGGACGGCUGACAUCCCUGCCCUUUUCCUGCUCGGCCGAGAUGGCUACAUGAUCCGCCGCUCUCUGGAACAGCAUGGGCUGCCAUGGGCCAUCAUUUCCAUCCCAGUCAAUGUCACCAGCAUCCCCACCUUUGAGCUGCUGCAGCCACCCUGGACCUUCUGGUAGAAGAGUUGGUCCCAUAUUCCAGCCAUAGCAACUCUGGGUUGGGAAGGGAAAGUCCAGGAAUUCUCCUGUUGGGAGCCCGGGGACAGCUGUUGGGGAAAUGUGGAGCCAGGUAGAGGAUACAGGCUUGACCCUCACCUAGAUGAAGGGAAACCACAUCAUAGGCGUUUCCUUCCCAAGGGCCCAAAGUAUCUUCCCCAGCGGGAAAAGACAAAAGCCAGAUAUUAGGUCUUCUGGUUAGACUCUGGAAUAAACGGGGUAAAAGCAGGUGACCUGAAAGCCACCUGCCACCUGUAAGAACUUCACCUGGCUCCAGCCUCCCCAACCCAGGGUCUCCUCACAAAUGUUCUUCACAGAAAUUGCUGGAGUGGUUUAAGAAGCUGGUACUUGGGGACUCAGUAAAUCCUCACUUACUUGUUUUUUAGCAAUAAAGCCUCUCAUCAGGGUCGCAA